CGUUCCUCAAAAAUUCAAUCCAGACAUCGAAGUGGUCGGAGUGGAAUGGUGAACGUACGGGAAGUUGUGAAAAAGGACCUCGAAGUUGCAGAUCCCCCCCGCCACCGUGUUUGGAUUAAAUCUCGCACCAAGAGUAGAAAACUUGUCACUGAUUACGACAAGGAAAUUGCAGAGAAGAUAGCUCAAUUAGAAGAGAAGCUUAGUCAGGGACAAAUUCAGGUCCAGGGCCAAAACGAUAUCCUGACGCAGGCGCUCGGGACACCAGAGCAUCCUGGACGUGUCAGGGCUGCUGGGUUCCUGACCAGGGCAUCUCAACUGUUCGGCAGGAAGAAAAGGGAAGUGUCUGAUGUUGUGGCUCGGCAAGCGAAGGAGAUUGAAAAAUUAAAAGCCGAAGUCCAAUCCCUUAAGCAGCAGAGGAACGCUGCCGAACAAGAGGAAGAAGGAGAGGUGGCUGGUGAGGCGUAUGUUCCACAACCAUACGCUCCUCAGGAUGAGGUACAACCACAAAUUUAUGCUGAGGAGUUUAUUUCCCUCAACGACCAAGGUAUCCUAUACAAUUUUGAUGACCAUGCGGCCCUUAAUCAGCAAGUACAUCUCUGCUCUGACAACAUCGACAAUAUUGUGGCCCGAGGGUAUUUGUACGAGCAUGUGGGUACGAUCAAAGUUCACUGCCAGGAUUACGAUGAUUCACAUGCCCGGAUCAUGGUUUCGGAAAUCCUGCAAGAGGACGCUGAAAUCCCAGUCCCAAUUGAAGAGUGCAGAUAUGUUAGGGACGUAUACCAGAUGUUCCUUCCUUGGCCUAAACACUUAAUUUUAACAACCGAGGUAACUUCUCAACUCAAAUUAAUUAUUAAUGAUUAGUGGAGUUUGAAUAUCUUAAAUAUUCAUCCGUAGUGAAGUAGGUUCUGCGAAUAUAUGUGCUGCGGUGGGAUGGAUGAAAAAACUACUGUUAUAUAUGUGUUAUUUGUCAUUAUACAGCUAUGUUCAAAAUUUUUGGGGUCAUUCAAUUACAACCGUUAUGCUGCCGAAAUUUCGGUAGAAUUUGGAUUUAAUUUGAUAUAUAUAUAUAUAUAUAUAUUAUGUUCUGUUUUGUGUAGGGUCCACUGGCUCAACCGCCCUCAAGACGUGAUGCGUCAAAGGGGAAAGCUCCGAUGCUUUCUCCACAAGGUCGUGGUGCACGGGAAGAUGACUUGUUCACGGAAGAGAAGAUGGCGUUGAUCCCUAAUUCGCUAAAAUGGAUGAUUCAUGAAUUCCUAAGGCUCAAAGAUAAACGUGAUAUAAUCACAAUUCCUGUCCCCCGAGGAUUCAUUGCACCGCGCACCCAGAUCACGUUAUCUGGAGAGGAUUUGCAGCAGGUUGCUACGUGUGACUACAUCGGCAACCAGGGAAUGCUGUUUGGAAUGAUGUAUACUCUUCUUUAAUCUAAUUAACCUUAUAUCAAAUUAUAGUUAAAUUAUUAUAAGGCACUAACACUUUUUUUGGCAGGCACAUAUGGGAGAGCAUCAACGGUCUGAGAAAAAUUUUCAAGUUUUACGACCCAGAGCUUCUCACAGUGCAUGGGAUCAACGA